AUGCCAGUGCUAAGUGCCCCGUCGGGCAAUCCGAAUGCUCCCCAGCAAUACAAACAGCCGUCCAGGAAAGGCAAGAAGGCGUGGCGCAAGAAUGUCGACAUUUCAGAGGUUCAGCAAGGUCUCGAGGAGCUCAACGACCAGAUAAUCAAGGGGGGAGUCAUCGCUGAAAAGGACUCGUCGGAACUCUUCACCAUCGAUGCCGUGGGCGACGCCGAACUCACGAAGCGAUUCCCGAAGCACGUCAAGAAGGGCCUGAAGGCCGACGAGAUCAUUGCGCAACGGUCAGCGUUGCCGGCCGUGUCCGCCCGCAAGCGACCUGGAGACAAGACGACCGACGGCAUUCUUCCCGUCAAGAGGCAGCGUGCCACCUAUGUCACACACAAGGAGCUGUCGAGGAUAAAGAAGGUCGCCGACGGGCACCACGAAUCAACAGUCGAGGUGGUGGAUGCCGAGUACGACGUGUGGGCUGAGCCGAAACAGGACCCAGUCGUGGAGCAGCUCCCGUUCCUCCCCAAGCCAGAACCGCUGAAGAAGCCUAAGACGCUUGAGCAACAGCCUAUCUCGUUAGCAGCCAGCGGGAAGGCGGUUCCUGCGGUACCGAAGCCCAAAGGCGGCCACAGUUACAACCCCGUCUUCAGCGACUACCAGGAGCGGCUGAUCGAGGAGAGCGAGAAGGCCGUGGAAGCCGAGCGGAAGAGGAUCGAGGCCCUCAAGGCGGAGCGCCAGAAGCUGGAGGCGGCGGCGCGGUCGGCAGCGGAGGCUGAGGCUGCCGAAGCACGGGCGGAUCUGUCCGAGUGGGAGGAUGAUUCCGCUUGGGAAGGGUUUGAAAGCGCGGGCGAGGAGCUGAGCGUCAAGGCGAAGAGGCCGCGGCGGAAGACACAGGCUGAGAGGAACCGGAUCAAGCGCCGGAAGGAGGAGGAGCGGAAGGCGAAGCACGAAGCCGCCAUGAAGCAGAAGCAGGCGCAGGCUGAGCGCAUCAAGCAGAUCGCGCUCGAGGUGGCCGAACGGGAGCGGGCCAUGGAACUGGCGAAGAUCGAGAUGAGCGAUGCCAGUGAGGAGGAGGAUGACAAUGUGGAGUUGCGGCGGAAGCAGCUGGGCAAGUUCAAGCUCCCGGAGAAGGACCUGGAGUUGGUACUGCCGGAUGAGCUGCAGGAUUCCCUCAGGCUGCUCAAGCCUGAAGGCAAUUUGCUCAAGGACAGGUAUCGGAACAUGUUAGUCCGGGGCAAGCUGGAGGCCAGGAGGAAGAUUCCGUUCAGAAAGCAGGCCAAGACCAAGGUUACCGAGAAAUGGACCUACAAGGACUUCACGAUAUGA